CGGAACAUCAUAUGAAAAGUCACAUAGCCACGCCUUUAUUUCGACAAGACCCAGAUAUGUUACAUUAACUAUGGUUGAAGAGCGGAAAUCGACAGCUAUUUAAAGCGCCCAAGUCCCGGCCACCAUAUCGUCUUCAAAAACCAAUUCUCUACUUCGCACUAAAACACGGAAUCCACCAACAAGCAACGCUGAUACAAUCAUGGCUACCACCAACCUCCAAUUCCGCAUCGCAACCGCGGACGACGCCUCGAAAGUCCAACAAAUCGUGCAAUCAGCGUUCCAGACCAACGACAGCAGACCCGAUUGGACGGGCAAUGUCGAGCUAGCCUCAAAAUUCCGAAUCCCAGUAGAAGAAGUCCAGGCCAAGAUCGCCAACCCCGACAUCACCACUUUUGUCGCCUUGGACGCCGACAAAGACAACGCUCUUGUGGGCUGUAUCGACGUCUCCAAGCGCGGCACUGACUAUGCCCGGAUCUCCAUGCUCGCUGUAGACGACAGCUAUCAACGCGGCGGUGUGGGCCGUCAAGUGCUCGCCUACGCCGAGGACUAUUGUCGACGGACUUGGGGCACUGAGAAGUUCUCGCUAAACGCGCUGUCAACGCGCAAGGCGCUCAUUGAAUGGUAUAAUCGUCGCGGGUAUCGGAAGACGGGUACAUCGCCAUUCCCGUUUCGCGAGGCACUGGAGGGUAUAUCUGGGCUGCCUGAUGACCUGUGUUUUAUCGAGAUGGAGAAGGCCUGACAGGCCUUACGGCGAGAUAGAGAAGGCUAGUUUGUUUCAUCCUCCGAUGAGUGAACUAUCUUUUUUGACAUUGAACAUUUCAAUUGUACUGAGAGCACAUAGCAUCUGUCUAAUUGCAUAGAUAGAAAGAUUGAAUUCAAUACCACCUACAUG